AUGCAGCUGAGAAUCCUCUUUACCAUUGGCCUCGCCCCGGUCAUGGUCUCCGCGCGAGCUCUGGCCCACCGCAGCGUUAACUGUAUCUUUUCCACCCCCGUCAGCAGCGGCGAGACUUGCCAAAGCCUUGCAGACGGCUGGAACAUAACGCUCGAGCAGCUAAUCGGGCUUAACCCGGGGAUCGCCUGUCCGGACCUGGAUACGAGCAAAGAAUACUGUGUGAUGGGCGCCUUCACUGACGAUCCGACGACCACCGCGUCCACCACCACUAAGUCCCCAAUUACCAGCUCCACCACCACGCCCAAGCCCUCGUCGACGACAAAAUCGCCGACCACCAAAGCCCCUACCACUAGCACCCACCACUCAACAACCACCAGCAGAGCCCCUAUCACUACCACCAGUCACACCCCGACUACGCCCACCAAUGGUGUGACAACGCCGCUUCCGACACAGACCGGCAUGGUUGGGAACUGCAAGAAGUUCCACUUCGUCCAGAAGGACGAGACCUGCGACACCAUCGCGGCGCUCUAUUCCAUCACAACCGCACAGUUCAUCAAAUGGAACCCCGCGGCCAAGAGCGGCUGCACUGGCCUGUGGGCGUCUACCUACGCCUGUGUCGGACUCAUUGGGGGAACUCCCACGACCGGAAACGGCAUCGCGACGCCCACCCCCACGCAGCCGGGCAUGGUCAAAAACUGCAACAAGUUCGUCAUGGUCAAGCCGGGUGACACCUGCGACGCUAUCGCGUUUUGGAAUGGUGUCGCGGGCGGCCAGUACGUGAAGCUGUGGAAUGGUCUGUCUGAAGACUGUCGGGAUAUCUGGGCCAACGCGUAUGCCUGUAUUGGCAUCAUUAAGGGUUAG